AUGCUUCGGCGGAUUCACCUAACAAUGAUUGGUGCCAUUAUUAUUUGUGUCAUUGUUGAUUUGACAGAUGAGCAAGCACUUAAUGAUCCAAUAACUCAAUACAUUGAAGGACGAUUGGGGAAUCGACGAAUAUUUUGGUGUCCUUCUGGCUAUGGUUAUUUGCCAUAUUGCCCACAACCAACAGACUGGGAUAACUAUAAUUGGUGCUGCACAUGGCCAUAUAUGGGUUCAUGGAAGCCAUCAUGUUGUGCAUUUGCGAUACCUACGGGAGCUCUUAUCGCUAUCAUAAUAGCUGCAAUUAUUUUGAUUGCUGGUGAAUGGUUUAUUUUAUUUUUUAAAAUUUCGAUUUCUGCAAAGAUUUGCUAA